UCUCCUAUACUCAUCCAAAACCCUUGUGGUCUCUGUCUCUAUGUAAAUGCCCGAUCUCCAGUUCAAUGGAUUCUCUACCAUGAUCGUUGAUUGAUUUGCGUUUACCUUUUCUUGAAUUUAUUUCUCUGUGUUUUAUGAUCGUAGAAAGGAGGAGGACGGCGAGGAGCUGAUUUCAGGGUUUGGAGUGAGCGCAAAGUUUUCAGGUGGGAAAGAAAUUUGGGUGUUUCGAAGUGCAGAGGGAUAUAAUGCCUUCGAUGCCCAUAAAGCCCCUUUUGCUUCCAUCUCUGGCUAUCUUUCAUGUUGGAUUGUGUUCUCAUCGUUUGAAACGGCUUGAAAAGGGUGAUCGUCGUGGUAAUCUUAGUUAACAUUAGGUUUUAAUCACUAUUUGUUAUUGUCCUCGUUUCUGUUCUCUAUUCUCUUCUACUCGUUCCUUUUGGGUUUUGGCGUUCUGUGUUUCUACUAUUAGCAGCUGUCCGUUGAUAUAAUCCGAUUUGAAACAUCGGAUAUAGAGACGAUUUGAUUGGACUUGAUAAGAUCUACUAAGGGACAACAUAAGAGUUUAUCUUUUUUUUAUUUGGCGGUCUAGUUGAUGGACAUCGUCUCCGACCGACCAGCGGUUGGUGGUGGUAUUCCGGUAGAUGAAAUUGAAAAAAACUUCUCCAAGUUUGUGAAUAUAAAAGGUGUACAAGAAACAUGUGCUUCUGGUGGAGAUGAUACUAUUAACGUGGAGGAGGAACAAGAAGAUUUUGAGCCUUGUGGGCGAGAACCUGUGAGGAAGGCUUUAGAAAAGAGUGCUAAGUUGCUAUCUGAAGAAGUUGAUGAACCUGAAACGGCUUUGCUACUACUUUUCUCUGAUGAAGGCACACAGCCUGCCUUGACUCUUGUUUCUGCCAUGAAAGGUAGUAGGGAAAAACUGGGAGCACCCCCAAGGAAGCUGACUGUGAGUUGGGCCCCUAAUGUGUAUGAUCCAGUGCCUAAUUCAUUAUCACACACUGUUAAAAGCAAGCAGAAGAAGUAUAGGAAAGACAGAGAUGGCAGCGGUAACUACAAGAAAAAUGGAAAGAAAGGCCAGAAGGGCAACUCAAAAGGUGGCAAGGACAAGAAGCAAUUCCGUAAAAGCAGUGGGAGUGGGAGGUUGGAUAAGUGUUACAAAGCAAUGAACACUUAUGAUGCACCUGAAGACUUUGGUGAAUUUGAUAUUGGUAGCCCAGACUACUGUGGAAGUAGCUUCCUGAAAAAAUCUCCCAUCAACUUUCACUACGGUGUUGCGGAGGCAUUGUGAUAUAACAUCUGCAUGCGUUUGUGAUCUCACAUCUUCAUUCUACUUUUGGUAAUUUGUUGGAAGCUUUUGUGAAUAAAUAAAUUUAAAUAUGAAGCUCUUGACCGGAAGAUGUGAUACCUGUUUUUACUACUGUUUUUGUUGACCUUGUCUCAACUUCUAUUGGAUUCCUGGUACUUUUUCAGUUGUCUUGUUUAUGCAACAUCACUCGGUUCCUAAUUUCCAAUGCAAGUGAGAUAUUAAAUUA